UUUUAUUUGCGUACACGUUAGCGUGUACCUAGACACAGCGUUCCCGUACGUUGUCGGUCUUUUCAACACUUCAAAGUAAACAAAUAUUCGCCGUGGUGAAUCUCGAAUAUGUGGUGCAAGGUGCUUGCCGUUUAACGAACACUUUCAUGAGCACUCAAAUAUUUGAUAUUUAGCAAGCACUUGUUCAGUAAUUGCCAAAUACCGCAUAUCUGGCGCCGCCUUUAAUUGCCUCCCAGUGGUGACAUAAACGUCAAAGUCUUGAAAUGCCCUAUUAACUCAGAAAUGUCCAAAAAGAGAUAUGACAUAUGACAUGACUGACAAGUUUGUUGAUUGUUGUAUCCAUAUCCAUUUCCUAGCGAAUAGCGAUUUUGUUUUUAGUUUGUUUAUUGUUUAUUUGUUACUUUAACUUUACGAUUGUUAGCUUAGCUAUGGAGUGUAACAUUAAAAUCAAGGAAGAGUCUGUUGAAUGUGGCCAAAGGUACAUAGAGAAUCAGCUAUUCACAUCAACCAAUCUUGAGGACAUAAAGAAUGGACCAGCUGCUAGGGCAGUAAAAGCUGAAAUUAAGAAAGAGUUCCUUGAAAGUGAUCCAAGAUAUAUAAAGGGUGAGGUAUUCACCUCCUUUGAUCUGAGAGACUUAAAGAAGGAACCAGAUGAGUAUAACUCAGAUCAGGAAGUAAAAGCUAAAAUUAAGGAAGAUUUAGGGAGUCAGCUAUCCACCUCUCAUGAUCUGGGAGACUUGAAGAAUGAACAUACCUCAGGCUUUCUUGGAGAAGAAAACACAUUGGAAGCUACAAAAACAAUACUUGUACAUUCAAGUGAUAAAGAAAAACCUAUGCACCGACCCGUAGAAGAAAAAACAGAGACAGUUCACACAGAAAAAAAGCCUCACAAGUGUGAAAUUUGUUAUAAGGAGUUUAUGUAUAAAAGUUGUUUGUUUAAACACAUGAUAGUUCACACUGGCGAAAAAUCUUUCAAGUGUGAAAUUUGUUUAAAGCAGUUUGCUCAGUCGGGUAGUUUAAAAAGACAUUUGAGAUUGCACACAGGGGAAAAACCUUAUAAGUGCGAAAUUUGUUUUAUGCAGUUUAAUAGAGCAAAUAAUUUGAAAGUGCAUUUAAGUGUGCACACUGGAGAAACUCCUUACAAGUGUGAAAUCUGUUUCAAGCAGUUUACUGAGAAAAGAAAUUUGGACGACCAUACGAAACUUCACACGGGCGAAAAACCGUAUAAGUGCGAAAUUUGUUUGAAGCCGUUUACUCAAUCAAGGCAUUUAAAAUUGCAUAUGAUAUUGCACACUGGCGAAAAACCUUACAAGUGUGAAAUCUGUUUAAAGGAGUUUACUUAUAAAAAUUCUUUGGAUAAACAUACGAAUGUUCACACUAGAGAAAAACAUUACAAGUGUGAAAUUUGUUUCAAGCAGUUUAUUUAUAAAAGUUCUUUGUAUCAUCAUAUUAAAGUUCACACUGGCGAAAAACCUUUUAAAUGUGAAAUUUGUAUAAAGCAGUUUGCUCAAAAAUAUUCUUUGGAUGAGCAUACAAAAGUUCACACUGGCGAAAAUCCUUACGAAUGCGUGAUCUGUUUUAAGCAGUUUACUCAUUCGUGUAGUUUAAAAAGACAUUUGAGAUUGCACACUGGGGAAAAACAUUACAAGUGUGAAAGGUGUUUUAAGCAGUUUAGUGAAUUAAGUACUUUGAACAGACAUUUGAGAAUACACACUGGAGAAAAACCUCACAAGUGUGAAAUUUGUUUUAAGCAAUUUAGUGAAGCAGGUCAUUUGAAAACACAUUUGAGAGUGCACACUGGGGACAAACCUUACAAGUGUGAAAUUUGUUUUAGGGAGUUUACUACAGCAAGCCAAUUGAAAAAUCAUUUGAGAUUGCACAGUGGGGAAAAACCUUAUAAGUGUGAAAUUUGUCUAAAGCAGUUUGCUCGUAAAUAUUCUUUGGAUGUACAUACAAAAGUUCACUCUAGAGAAAUGCGUUAACUCCUUAAUGUACGCGCUCGACUCUGACAUGAGCGUGCCUUACUGGCAAUUUUGUACACGCUCGACUUUGACACGAGCGACCAUCAAAUUUUAAUCUUUUAAUUUUUCAAGCACUUGCGAAGUUGGUAUUUGUAUAAAAGCGUAUACAUAUCUAAAUAGCGGUAAAAUAUUUUCUACAUUUAAAAUUCAUAUUUUAUAUUUUACAUCUAUACCUUUUUUUAUUGCCCAGACUGUGUUGUCAUUGUAAAAUGAUAUUUAUUUAUCUAAUCACUUGCAGUAGGAACCAUUGACAAUUGGUACAUUGAAUUUUGUUGAAUUGUUAAAAAUCUGUUUUUAUUCGAAGCGUUAGUGUACUAAACAGCGGUACAUAGAUACCUUUUUUAUUGUCCAGCCAGUGUUAAGACAUUGUAAAAUGAGAUUUAUUUUCUAAUAACUUACAGUCCGAACCAUUGACAAUCGAUACGAAUUGAAUUUUGUCGAAUUUUCAGUAUUUUGUUUUUAUACAAAGCGUUAGUACAUUUGAAGCAGUCUGAAGUGAAUCGUGUUUUUUUAUUCUUAGAACUAUUGUAUGCCUUAUAUAGGGUGUCCCAACAGUAGCGAAACGGUCGAAUAUUUCGCGAACUAAACAUCGGAUCGAAAAACUGAAAAAUACGUUUUCAAUCAUUUUUAAAAAUCUAUCCAAUGACAUCAAAUUCGAUCCCCCACUCCAUUCCCUAGAGGUGGGGUGGGGGUAACUUUGAAAUCUUACAUGGAAACCCCAAGUUUUUAUUUCAGAUUUGGAUUCCUUAUGUAAAAGUAAGCAACUUUUAUUCGAGACAUUUUUUCGAAUUACGGAGCGCCGGAAAAAACAAUUUAUCGUGAUACCAUAGGUGAAUUAUAGAAAAAAUCAAAAAAUAUGUAUUUGAUAUUUUUCAAAAACCUAUUGAAUAACGCUAAAUAUGACCUUCCACCUCACCACCACUACUUGGGGUGGGGGUAACUUUAAAAUCUUAAAUGGCAACCUCCAUGUUUAUUGCAGAUAUGAAUUCGUCUUUUUCCAAUUAUAGCGCCAUCUAUCAUCAGCAUCAUCAUCUUGGUGCUACAGCCCUUAGAGGGCCUCGACUUUCUCAAGCUUUCUACGCCAUUCUGUUCUGUCCCUUGCUUGCAUUUUCCAGUUGCCGACUCCGAUCUUCUCGGCAUCCUGUGUUACCCCGUCCAUCCACCUCAGCUUUGGUCUACCCUGUCUUCUCAUUCCCACGGGUUGCGCUGUUAAAAUCUUUUUUUUCAUGUUCGAUUCAGGGGCCCGGGCUACAUGUCGUGCCCACUGCGCCAUCUAUCAACAAUUCUAAAAAAUGUUUCGAAUAAAUGUUGCUUAAUUUUUCAUGACGAAUCCAAAUCUGCAAUAAAAAAUGGAGGUUGCUAUUAAGAUUUUAAAGUUACCCCCCACCCCACCUCUAGGGGGUUGGGUGGAGGAUCAUGUUUAGUGGUAUUCGAUAGGACUUUGAAAAAUAUUAAAUACGUAUUUUUUGGCUUUUCAUUUCCGGAAGUGUAUUUUUCGAGAUGUUAGACCGUUUCUAUAAUUUACCUAUGGCAUUGUUUAUAUAGGGAUAGUUGGUCAGCCCAAUAGGAAAAUUUGUUUGAUUCAAAUUGAGACAGUCACCAGAUGUCCCCACAAUUUCUGUCAGGGUCGCAACGUCAAAAUGCAUAGACACCAAGUUGGAUACGAUCCUAUUCAUAACACCCCAACUCGCAUACAUAUU